ACGAGCUAUAGUUCUUAGCCCGGCUACCUUAGCGAUUUGACUAAAAGUGGUUUUAGUUUAUGUGUCGGUAUUAGAUAUAUAGGUGACUCUUGGACAAGAACUAUUCUUAUAUAAACAUUGUUUUAUUUGUAUGGUUCCAGUGAAAACCAGUGCUUGUGUGGAUAUAAUGUCAAUGAAAAUGGAAGUGCUUGACCUUAGCGUCCGGAAACAUUCCCAAGCUCCCAUCCGAAACGCCUGUUCCCCAGGCUACAUGGACUACCACAUGUACCCUAACAACGCAUCUCUCAUGUCAUGGCAGUAUUAUCAUCAAUCGCUGCAGCGUUUUGGCGAACCCUGCCAUACCCUUGCUCAGCCUUCUGUAAGUCCUGGUACAGUUCUCAGACCAAGUCCAGUAAAUUCGGGCACUUCCGCCGAAUGCGACUUGCCAGAAAGAUCGCCCGAUUCCUCGCUAGCUAGUUCUAGCGAUCUAGAACGGAGCAGUAGAGGAAAUUUGGCUAUUAAGCGACCCUUUAAGCUGAUAUCUUCGAUUACGAAAAAUGCUGCGCCGUUACUGACCUCUAUUGAUACGGAUGAAAAUACCACUUACGAGUACGAACAAUUUAGGAAGAAAGUAUUGUCGCAGUACGACUCAAAGCAGAAAAACGAAUCCAACAAGAACAUGAGGCGAACUAUAGCGACAAAUGCCGAACGAAGCAAAGAUCCAGAGUACGUGGCGAAGCGUAGGAAAAACAACGAAGCUGCGAAGCGAUCUCGAGAAGCUAGGAAAGCCAGAGAAGAUGAAUUGGCGAUCAGGGUGGCUUAUCUGGAGCAGGAGAAUAUGAAACUGAGGUGGCGGCUUGCGUUAGUGGAAAAGGAAAAGAAGUUAUACACGCGGCAAAUCGAGUGUGUAUAACUUUCUCCAAGUUUAUAUGUUACGGACAAUGAUGUAUACUGGGCGUUUACGAUAAUACCGGGCUAAUAAGGAAAGAACCCAAUUUAAUCGGAUAAUGUAUGUUGAAAAAAUUCACUCACCGGCACGAAAAAAAGGGCACAUUAAAAUUUUUUCAGAGUUGCCAAUAUUUACUAUUUUACGUCUU